AAGUGACUAUUUGAAGGUGAAACGUUGGUAGGGAGGAUACAGAGCUGUCCCAGCAGUUUAUAUAAAGGAAGACAAGCAGGUUUUCACCCUUGACUUCCAAUAUUCUGCCACAUCAAGGAAGAUUUGGUCUAAGAAAGGGUAUGCUCACAUCUGAGCCCAAAAUGUUCCUCUUGACUAUUAUCAUGUGUGUGUUCUACGCAGUCACUAAUGCAGCUUCCAGUUCUUCAGGAACUUGCUAUGUCCCAAGUGAUCGGCAAUGGUUGGUUAGAGGCCUCCAGACUCAACUGGAAAAUUGGGCCAGUCUGCAGAGUACACCUGAUCCCAGUGUCCUGAUUGCUUUGAACUUGGCUGAAGACCACAACCUUAGUGUGAUAACACAAUUGGUGAGGCAGAUAAAAGAAACAGCUGGAACAGAGAUGACCUCUGGCAAAGUGGCCCUUUAUGUUCUAGCUCUUCGGUCCGCCUGUCAGAAUCCUGCUGAUGUCACCACGCCAGAAAAACAUGUCAACCUGGUCCAAGUCCUUGAGGAGAAAACAAAGGAAGAGAUUGAGCAUAUCCAUACUACUGGGACUCCCAAGACAACCUACUACCAAUUGGCUCUAGAUACUUUGGCUCUGUGUGUAGAAAAAAGUCCAGAAUUAGAGAAUCCUGCCACCACCCUGGCUAAGGCAGCCCUGAAUAACAGUUUCCACUUCGAUGGUCGUUUCUCUGUAGAUACUGCUGCCGUAGCAAAUCUGGGACUCUUCUGUGUGUAUGAAGGAAAGAUCUCACCUCAACAGAGCAAAAUUACAGGAAUUGUUAGAGCAGCCUUAAUCCACAUCACAAAGCAAAUCCUUAAUGAACAGCAGUCUAAUGGCCUCCUUGGAAAUGUCUAUAGCACUGGCCUUGCAAUGCAGGCUCUCAGUGUUACUUCUGAGUUCUACUCUGCUAAUGCAUGGAAUUGCCCAAAGACCCUGAAUGAAGUGCUGAGUAAGAUCACCGAGGGAGCCUUUAGCACUCCAGCUGCUGCUUCUCAGAUCCUACCUUCUCUGGUGGGCAAAACGUAUUUGGAUGUCAGGGGUCUCACUUGCAGCUCCAAAACUGUAACAGUGAAUUAUACAGUAACCAAUGAUCUAAUAGGACCUUAUUUCAAGUAUUCCACAGCUGUGCAAGUGCCAAAGGGUUCUGUGCUGCUCACUGUCUUAAAAGCAGCUCAACAAUUUAAUGCAAAGGAAUUCAGCUUUCAAACAGAGGAGACUUCUUGGGGCCCCAUGGUCACCUCUAUCAAUGGCGUCCAAGGCAGCACCAAUAAAAAGACUUACUGGCAGUUCCUCAGUGGCAAAACACCCCUUGAACAAGGUGUUGGCAGCUACAAACCAAAACAUAAUGAGAAAAUUGUGGCCAUCUUCAGUAGAUACUAAACUAUUACCUAUAAUAAAGAAGUGAGGUUCAAGUCUAUAUCAGUAAAGUACUGAUUUCUUUCACAUUCACAAAGUAAAUCAUUUUUGCUAGGCAAACGUAGGUUACAAGACAGUAUAGCACUAAUAAAAACUUCUAUUUUGGAAAGAAACCUGCCAAUGUUUUUAUCAGAUGUUGCUAUCUGCUGCUAUGUAUAUUUAGCAUAGGGAAAGAAGAUAGGCAUACAAAAUGCAGUUAAAUGAAUAGAACCCAAAGGCUAGCUGAAACAAUAGGAAUAAAAAGGCACUCAAGUAAUUGGAAAGCUGACUUACAUAUAUGAGUACAGAUUUAAAUAAUAUGAAUAUAAUUGAAAUACAAAUACAUCUUACUAAAUAAAUGCAUAGAUUCCUAAUACAUAAAUGAAUAGAUCUUACUGGAAAGGAGAAGACUUUGGCUAACUUACUGCUGACAAACAUCGGUCUUUGCUUUUAACUCUGGUCUUCAAAUACACCCUGUCUUUUAUAACAGCUGUUCAAAGAGAAGAUUGCCCUCUAAAGGAAGAAAUGCAACACCUCAGACAUUGAUUUAUUGAGCCAGUUUGAUGUUGUCCCAUCUCAAAAGACACAAAAUGAUUUACCAUAUACCAAAAAUAACAUCAACCUUAAACCAACAGAAAAAGUGAAUUACAAAAAUAGCCCUGAGCUAACCCACAACUAUUCAUCAGAAUUUGCCUUAACAUAAUUGGUAAUAUUCCAAUGUUUAUACAUCUUGAGGCUGCCAUUAAAAGCUG